GUGGGAGCAGUUAUGCUUUAGAAAGCCAUGGGCAGUGCGGUUAAGCUAAUCAUGAGGCUGUGUAUAGUGUUUUUACUGUUGCUGGCUACUGGCCUCUCGGCUUUGCCAGCUUCGGAGUUCGAUGACCAGAACUCAACAACUUGGACUGCGGAAGAAGCGUGCAGUGAAGUUUCAAAAAGCACCAUAAUUGAAAACCAAGAAGAUCCAACUUGUAGAACUUAUGUAUAUUGUUAUGUGACGAAUGGAUCAGUUUUGUCUUUGAUAAAGAAUUGCAAAACAAACCAGUACUUUGAUCCCAUUUCGAAAACGUGCAGUUCUCAAGUCCCAGCUAAGUGUUCUGCAGAGGCAACGGAGCCACCAAUCGAGUAUCCUACCGAACCCAGUACUGAGUCCAGUGACAAAUGCGAGGGCAUUACACAGACUAGCAUAUUGAAAAACGAAGAUGAUCCCACCUGCAAAAGUUAUAUAUAUUGCUAUGUUAGUAAUGGAUCGGUCUUCUCCUUAACAAAGAAUUGCAAGACAGGCAAAUACUUUGAUGCCACUUUGUACUUAUGCAGCUCCGCUAAGCCUGAUUAUUGUGUCUAAACAUUCAGGUAUCCAAUGGUUAUAAUUGUUAGAUUUCUGGACCAUCAAAAAUAGAUAAUUAUUCAUAGAAUUUUUCAAGAUAGAAGAUGUCAAAGCCAAUAAAUUCAUUUCUGCAAUUCA